AUGAAAUCCAAAAAUUUGCAAGCCUCUUAUGUUUCCAGUUUGUCAAUUCCUGCUUCGAUUGAUUUCUUAGCUGUGAAAGAAGACGAUUUGAUAAGUGAAGAUGAAGAUGAAGAUUUAGUCCCCGAGUUCGAAGAAAAAGAAGAUGACAUAGGCGACAAAAAGGAUUAUGUUCGAACUGAAGAAGUCUUUGCUUUAGAAGCAAACAAAGAAACUGAGAAGAAAGAUGAACUCUGUAUUGGAAUGGAGUUUAGUUCUGAUGAGACUGCACAUAUGGCUUAUAAAAACUAUGGAGGCAAACAUGGUUUCAACAUAAGGAAACAACGGAGAAAGACAAAAAACGGUAAGGUUGUAAGGCUUCUUUAUGUUUGCUCAAAAGAGGGGUUUAGAAAGGAACCUAAGGUCAAGCAAUCUUACUCACAGACAAUCACACGAUGUGGUUGUAAAGCUCAUAUGACUUGCUACCUUCAGAAGACCGGAAGAUUUAAGAUUGUGUCUUUCGAUCCGAAUCAUAACCAUGAUUUAGUGAUGACACCUAUGAAGCAUUUGUUGAAGAGCAAUCGUGCAUUUUCUUUGGCUCAAACAAAACAUGCUGAUGAUGCCGAGAUGUCAGGAAUUUCAGCAAAAGCAACUGUUGAAAUGAUGAGUAGAGAAGUUGGGGGGUGA